GAGGCGUUGAUGGAGGAAGCUAGACUAUGGAGGAUGGAGGAGGCAACAAUGGAGAAAUUCUGAGGAAGAUAGAAGAAGAAAGCAAUUAAAAUAGCCGGACUAUUUUACCUCUACUUAAACAGGCGAAAUUACAACCGUAUCCCUUAAGUAACAAUUGGUCGAUUCAUGUUACUAUGCUUGAGUAACUUGAAUUUUCUCUUAAAAAACCCUCUUCACAUCCAAAUGAGAUAAUAGGACCUUUGAUGCUUUUUUUUUUUUAAUUUUUUUUUUUAAAGGACCUUUACCACGUAAUGGAACACUAAAAAGAUCUUUUGACAAAUUUUCCUAAUGAAUUACGUAGAGCUCUGAGCAAUCCAUUUAGGCAUUUACCUUUACUCUUCGUACAAUCGUACUUAAUACCUCUGGGUUUAAGCAACAAAAAAAAUUUAAUUUGUUGAAGUACAAAACUUCCUCCAUUUUCGCAUGGUGAAAUUGGUGUUAAUUCCAUGAAACUAUUGAUCAACCGCAGUCACACCUCUCUCCGAUCAUCCCACGUAUCUCAAAUCCUCUCUUUCUGCAAAUUAGGCGCAUUGUUCGAAUCGCUCAAACUCCUAAACACCAUUAAUUCAGCAGAAAUCAGCUCAGAUGUAAAACCCUUAGUUUAUGCUUCUCUUCUACAAACUGCAACCAAAAUCAAGUGCUUCAAUCAUGGCUUACAACUCCAUUGUUACAUCACAAAAUCUGGUCUUAUUGCAAACAGUCUUGUGGGUAACAGCUUAUUAUCUUUGUAUUUCAAAUUGGGCGGGAAUUUGAAUUUAGCAACAAAAUUGUUUAAUGAAUUGCGUACAAAAGAUGUGAUUUCUUGGACUUCAAUGAUUUCUGGAUAUGUACGGGUGAAACCCCGGAAAGCGAUUAAAUAUUUUUGGGCUAUGUUAGAUGAUGGUAUUGAGGCUAAUGCUUUUACUUUAUCGGCUGGGAUUAAGGCGUGUUCUGAAAUUAGGUAUGUUAGGCUUGGUAGAUGCUUUCAUGGGGUUGUUUUCAGAGGCGGGUUCGAGUUAAAUGAUGUGAUUGCUAGUGCAUUGAUGGAUAUGUAUGGUAAGAAUGGGUGUUUGAAGUAUGCGCGCAAUGUGUUUGAUAAAUUGUCUGUACCAGAUCCUGUUUGUUGGUCUUCGAUCAUUUCGGCUUUGAUAAAGAAUGAUUUGUAUGAGGAGGGUUUGGCAUACUUUUAUGUUAUGCAAAGGGAGCAUAAGGUGGUGCCGGAUGAGUUUACGUAUGGGUCGAUUUUGACAGCUUGUGGGAACUUAGAGAGGUUGAAGCAAGGGAAAGAGGUUCAUGCUAGGGUCAUCACAGCUGGGCUUUGUGGAAAUGUAGUGGCAGAGAGUAGCCUGGUAGAUAUGUAUGGGAAAUGCGGGCAAAUGGGAGACUCUCAACGCGUUUUUGAUAGAAUGAGGAAAAGAAAUGCGGUGUCUUGGUGUGCCUUGCUUAAUGGGUACUGUCAAAAUGGUUUGUUUGAGUCUGUUGUUAAGCUUUUCAGGAUGAUGGAGGAUCCUGAUCUUUACAGUUUCGGAACCCUUAUCCGGGCCUGUGCAGGUUUGGCUGCUGUAAGACAGGGAAGAGAGGUUCAUUGUCAGUAUAUAAGGAAGGGUAGGAUGGGACAUGUUAUUGUUGAAUCUGCUUUAGUUGAUCUCUAUGCAAAAUGUGGGUGCAUUGAUUAUGCUCAGAGAUUGUUUAUGCAGAUGCCUACCAGAAAUUUGAUCUCUUGGAACUCAAUGAUAUGUGGUUUUGCACAGAAUGGUAGAGGUCUUAAAGCAAUCGAGUUAUUCAAUAAAAUGGUUAAAGAGGGUGUUCGGCCUGAUUACAUUAGUUUUCUUGGCGUCAUCUUUGCUUGUAGUCAUGCUGGCUUGGUUGAGCAGGGGCGGGGGUAUUUUUUCUCUAUGACUGAAGUAUACGGAAUCAAACCUGGAACUGAGCAUUGCAAUUGCAUGGUGGAUCUUUUAGGUCGAGCUGGGUUGAUAAACGAAGCUGAAAAUUUGAUCGAGAAAGCUGAGUGCAAAGACUCUUUUUCUCUGUGGCCAGCUCUUCUAGGUGCUUGUACAACCAACAGAAAUUCAGCUGCUGUGGAGCGAAUUGCGCUGAAAAUGAUGGAACUGGAACCUAAAAACCAUCUAAGUUAUGUGCACCUUAUCAAUGUUUACAAAUGUGAUGGUCGUUGGAAUGAUGCUUUAAAGAUAAGGAAGUUAAUGGACGAUAGAAGAGCAGAAAAGUUGCCUGGCAAGAGUUGGGUUGAAAAUGCAUUUGGGUUAGUUCAGAUUGCUGAUAGUAACAUGGAGAGUGUGCUAAGGUGACACAAAAGAGAAGCUCUAAAGAUUCUUGGAAAGUGUUGGGUUGACAACAGAUCUGAGUUUUUUCAAAUCUACCAUCAUUGGAGGGUGUAUAAACUACUCGUGUAACAGAGAAACUGGAAGUGAUAAAGUGAUUGUCAUAUUUGAUGGAAACUGAAUUUAUUCCGACUACACUGUGAAUAUGCAGAUUGACUUCUGUACCAUUUGUUGUUUCCAGUUUCUGAUGUAUUUUGCAGAUUGGAUUUAGGAUAUACUGUACUUCAUAUAAUUAUGCAAUCCAGGGCUGUUUAUUCUUA